AUGGAAAUUUUAUACAGACUAUUCUUACAAGAAUUCCACUGUCUAUACUCUGGUUGGUGUUCAGAAUGUCUACCAUGUUUUUCCAUCGUGCCUACUUUGUUCACUCUUUCAGGGAAUUGGGAUACUUUGGAGGUUCGACCGAAAGCGAAAGGACUGGAUACCAGAAGUGAGCUUAUUACAUUCUAUGAAGAAUAUUAUUCUGCUAACGUCAUGCAUCUUGUCAUAUAUGGAAAAGAAAACCUUGAUAAAAUUCAAGGCCUUGUAGAGGACAAGUUUAAAGAAAUUAGAAACAUUGACCGCAACUGCCUUCGUUUUGCUGGUGAGCCUUGCACAUCAGAACAUUUACAGAUUCUUGUCAGAGCUGUCCCAAUCAAAGAGGGUCAUGCGCUAAGAGUUGCGUGGCCAAUAACUCCAGAAAUUCACCACUACAAGGAAGGGCCAUGUAGGUAUCUUAGUCAUCUCAUUGGUCACGAAGGAGAAGGAUCUUUGUAUUACAUCUUGAAAACUUUGGGAUGGGCAACAGGUUUGUCUGCUGGUGAAGGAGAUUCAACUUUUGACUUUUCUUUCUUUAGAGUAGAUAUUGAUCUCACUGACGCGGGUCAUGAGCACAUGCAAGACAUCGUAGGCUUGCUUUUCAAAUACAUUUCCCUCUUACAGCAGUCAGGCAUCUGCAAAUGGAUUUUUGAUGAGCUUUCUGCUGUUUGUGAGACGAAGUUUCAUUAUCAGGACAAAAUUCAACCAAUUAAUUAUGUGGUCAGCAUUUCGGCAAAUAUGCAGAAAUAUCCUCCAAAAGAUUGGCUAGUGAGAUCAUCCUUGCCUUCUAACUUCAGUACAGACAUUAUCCAAAUGGUGCUGAACAAGUUGUCUCCAAACAAUGUCAGAAUUUUCUGGGAGUCGAAGAAAUUUGAAGGUCAAACUAACAUGGUUGAGCCAUGGUAUGGAACUGCUUAUUCCAUCGAGAAAAUUACGGGCUCCAUGAUACAGGAAUGGAUAGUGUCUUCGCCAAAUGAGAAUCUGCACCUACCAGCACCUAAUGUAUUCAUCCCCACCGACCUGUCACUUAAGAACGAUCAUGAGAAGGCCAAAUAUCCAGUUCUUUUAAGAAAGUCGCCGUAUUCAACACUAUGGCACAAACCUGAUACAAUGUUCUUUACUCCUAAAGCUUAUGUUAAGAUUGAUUUCACUUGUCCCCACGCAAGUGACUCCCCUGAAGCAGAAGUGUUAACUAAUAUCUUUACUCAGUUGUUGAUGGAUUACUUGAAUGAAUUUGCUUACGAUGCUCAGGUUGCUGGACUGUAUUAUGGAAUAACCCACACAGAUAGUGGAUUUCAGGUGACUCUGGUUGGCUAUAAUCACAAAUUAAGGAUUUUACUGGAAACUGUAGUUGAAAAGAUCGCAAGCUUUGAAGUGAAAGCUGACAGGUUCUCUGUUAUAAAGGAAAUGGUCACAAAGGAGUACCAAAAUUUCAAAUUUCAGCAGCCUUAUGAGCAAGCUAUGUACUACUGCUCAUUAAUUCUACAGGAUCAUACUUGUCCAUGGAUGGAAGAACUUGAUGUUCUUCCUCAUCUUGAAGUUGAAGAUCUUGCUAAGUUUGUUCCCAUGAUGCUCUCAAGGGCCUUUUUAGAGUGUUACACAGCAGGAAACCUUGAAAGGAAUGAAGCUGAGUCCAUGAUCCAGCAUAUUGAAGAUGUUCUCUUUAAGGGUUCAAACCCUAUUUGCCAACCUUUGUUCCCAUCCCAGCAUUUGACGAAUAGAGUUGUGAAGCUUGAAAAUGGCAAGAGCUAUUUCUACCCUGUGGAGGGUCUCAAUCCAAGUGACGAAAAUUCUGCCCUUAUCCACUAUAUCCAGGUACAUCGGGAUGAUUUUAUGCUGAAUGUGAAACUUCAGCUGUUUGCUCUUACUGCAAAGCAACCUGCCUUCCACCAACUUAGAUCAGUUGAGCAACUUGGUUACAUCACCGCCCUCUUGCAGAGGAAUUAUUGUGGUAUCCGUGGGGCACAGUUUAUUAUACAAUCCACAGUGAAGAAUCCAGCACAUAUUGAUUUGAGAGCAGAGGAAUUCCUCAAGGCGUUCGAGAGUAAACUUUAUGAGAUGACAAAUGAAGAAUUCAAGAGCAAUGUAAAUGCGUUGAUCGACAUGAAGCUUGAGAAGCACAAGAACUUAAGGGAAGAAGCGGCAUUUUAUUGGAGGGAGAUUUCUGUUGGGACCCUCAAGUUUGACAGGAUAGAAUCUGAGAUUGCUGCACUGAGGCAGCUUACACAACAAGAGCUGAUAGAUUUUUUCAAUGAGCGUAUAAAAGUUGGGGCACCUCAUAAGCGGACUUUAAGUGUACGAGUGUAUGGGAACUCACAUUCAGCUGAGUAUAAAAUAGACAAAAGUUCACCAGCGCAAGCUUCCUCCGUCAAAAUCGACGAUAUAUUCAGCUUCAGAAGGUCACAACCGCUUUAUGGUUCAUUCAAGGGAAAUCAUCAAAUGGAAUCUCGCUUGCAGACAGCAGAUUCGGCAACAAACGGCACUGAGAAAGUCACCAAGAAAGUUCAUUGGCAAAGCAAGUCUAUAAGAUCAAAUGUUAUUUUUCACAGGGCACCGUCUUGA